AUGGGAAUAAACCACCGAGGAGACCAUAAGCGUAGGAAGACUGGUGCAAAGGCUGUCAUUAGCCGCAAGAAGCGUAACAACAGGGCAGGGUCCCAACCAAGUGCAACGAAGAUAGGGGAGAGGAGGGUUAUGCCUGUUAGAGUGAGGGGUGGAAAUAGGAAGCACAAGGCGCUGAGACUGGAUGUCGGGCACUUCAGAUUCAUCACCACUGGAAAGAUCCGGCCGGCAAAGCUUCUGCAAGUUGUGUACCACCCCAGUUCCAAUGACCUUGUUCGUACCAAUACAUUAACGAAAAGCUCUGUUGUCAAGAUAUCUGCAGAGGGAUUUAAGGAAGACAUUAAGGCAGUAGCAAGUAACGUUGAUCCUGAGUUGCAUGAGAGUUUCGAGAAAGGCUACUUAUACGCAAUUAUCACUUCAAGACCAGGACAAAUUGGAGCAGCAACAGGACAUGUGUUGCAAGGAGAUGAGCUGAAAUUCUAUUCCGACAAAUUCAACAAGAAGACAAAGGAAGUUCGGAAAUAA